AUGACAGUCAUAGUGGACGAAUAUUACAAAGGGUAUUCGCGGAAAAUGUCGUCUUCUGGGAAGUCGGCAGGCAAGAAGCAGGCAUCUCACGAGUACGCUGACGGCACGAUCCAUACCCUCGUGGACCAAUCUGGGCAGCCAUUCGAGAUCAGACUGAAGAGAAGCCUUGGAGGCGACAAUGGCGAGGGCUUCUCAUCAGCUUGCGUCUUUCUCGCCGAGUGCGUGUCGAGAGGGCAAGAUUCGCCGCCACCUCGCUAUGACGGGGCCUUUGUUGUCAAGAUCUUCGAUCCGCGUUAUUCAACCGGGCUGCGUCAAGAGUUUGGCGUCUCCGACUUCGACCCAGACAUCCUCGAGUACAUCGCAGAAUCCGCCCGCAGAGGCGACCAGGCUGCAUUCGAACGCGACUUGACUGAUCCCUAUUCCCCUCCCCGCGGCCUGUCUGAGACAACCCAGGAGAUCCUCAGCGAGCUCUUGCCCUCUUUGCGAUUCGGCGACAUUUACGGCCAGGCCCUUGCGGACGACUACGUGUUGCAGGCCCUUCUUGCAGAUGGGAUCCUCGCCACACCUCCCGAUGAUGUCGAGCGGGAGUUGUUCGUCUGGCUCAUGUCACAGCAUAUGUUUCGACAUGAGGAAAACAUGUACCGUUAUCUGAGUCAAUUCCCUAGCGCGCCCGUUGUGCGCGCGAAGGAGAUUGUCAAGAUCCAGCCUAAGCUGCCAACCCACUCCCUGAAUGACGACAAGUUAGCCGCUCUCUCGAAUGCCAUGGGCUUCGGAGCCAUCCUCAUGGAGUUCGUGAGUGGCCAUACGAUGUCGGAGCUCAGAAAACUUUGCCUCUUGUCCCCGGAGGAAUUCAAAGAGAAGCCAGCCGAAGUCCGGGCAUUGGUUCCGACUUGCAGGGAGUCGGCGAGGCAGUUCUUCGAAGACGUCAACAACCUGCUUCGAUUCCCCCUGAGCGUUGGCAUCCAAAGUCGAGACGCCAAUCUGGGUAACAUUAUGUGCAGCGCACGGCCUGAUGGCAAAGGCACGCAGCUUAUCUGGAUUGAUGCUGGCCAAUUUCAGCCUGUGCUCGACGUAGACGUCCGUGCACCGGUUACGAGAUAUGAGUCUCUUGCCACGUUCCAAACCAAGAUCGACGAGCAACAAGAACAGGAAAUCUACGGCAACUUGUCCUUCAUUUUCCGCAAGGUCGGAUAUUCCAACAGCUUGGUGCACGACCUCAAACUCGAGCGAUUUCGCCAGUGGGGACGCAAGGUUUCGAUGACGUUCGCAUGGCGAGCUAUUAUGGAGGAUAUUUGCUUCGAGGACUGGGAGGGUGGAAGGCCAAUUGAUACCCAAUUGUCGAUCUGCAUCAUUCGCAUGGCCAAAUCGAUAAUGGAUCAGGAGAAGGCUUUGGCAGGAGUCGUGACAGGAAUCCCACCAAGAGCAGCCCCAGAGCGACAAGACUUUUUCCACCGUGCUGUGCUCAAACUGCACUAUCUGCUUUGUGCCGAGUCGGCCGACGAGCCCUAUGUUACUCCGCUCAGAAGAGAAGCUGCCGCCAGAUUCGACACUCUCAUGGCGUCAGCUGGGUACCCCGAUGGUCAAGUGGUGGUUUUCGGCGGCUCCCAUGCCGAACUGAUGUCAAGGGAUGGAAAAUGCACAUAUCCUUCUGUGGAGGAAGUCGCCCAGCACCUGGAAGCGACACGAAUCUUCCCCACCCGGUUCUGGUCCGCGGAUCAGCCCGUCGACUCAGUCAUUUCUGAGCUCAAGGAACGUUAUGAGAAGGUACUGAAGAGGAGGGUGAUUGAUCCAUGCGGAUUGUAUCAGUGA